CUCUCUCUCUGCCGAGCUCACUGCCGUCCUCUCUCCCUCCUCCACUCGCCUCUUUUCAGUUCCCUGCCCUCGACUCCCUCUGUGUUUUCAUCCACGACUCGUCCCGUGGAUUUCUCCCCCGACCUCCUCCCCCACCGUCUCUCUGGGCAACCUUCACAGAGCGGUGUCGUCGUGACUCGCCGUCUGCCACUGCAUGGGAAGGAGAGAGCAGGAGGAAGAAGAGAAAGAAGCUGAGAGAGACCAAUCGAUUUACUCUGGUACAUAGGAUAGAGAGACACUGGACGAGGAGAGGCAGUUGCAGUGAUUUUCCUACUCAUUUUGGUUUUAAAAGGAGAUUUUCUUUUACUUUUACGGGAGUCUUCUACUGCAUUUGAUUCACGUCCCCCACUCCAGGAGGUGAAAUCUCCACGAAGGGACAGCUGGUGCAGUUUUUGAGACGGGACUCUUCUUCCCUCACCCCCUUCUGCCAACAUUUAGGACUUUGGAGGAGGACCCAGUUUGUCUGAGAAGUUCAAUGUUUACCAGAUAACUAAUCCCCAUUCUGAAUGAUAAUGCUGGACACCAGCAAUUGCCUGUCCUUCGAUCUCUCCCCCCUGGACUCUCCUCCAAUGGGAGACGAGAUGGAGAAGGCAGGACAGAAGACGGAUCAUGACCGACAGGUCUAUUACAGCUUGAAAGAAGUCCUCCAGCUCAAGCUCCAGCAGAGACGCACACGUGAGGAACUGGUCAGCCAAGGGAUCAUGCCACCACUGAAGAGCCCGGCAGCCUUUCACGAACAGCGGAGGAGUCUGGAGCGAGCAAGGACUGAGGACUAUCUGAAGAGGAAGAUCCGGUGUCGUCCUGAGCGCUCUGAGCUGGUCAGGAUGCACAUUCUGGAAGAACUAAACGAAUCAUCAUCGAUGAAUGCAUGUCGUCCUUCUGUUUACUCCACAGAGACGUCGGCAGAGCCGUCUCUGCAGGCAAAGCAGCUGCAACUGAAGCGAGCGCGACUGGCCGACGACCUCAACGACAAGAUCUCCCACAGACCAGGUCCAAUCGAACUGGUUCACAAGAACAUCCUGUCUGUCAGCCUCUCUCUGCAGCACUCACUGCUGGAUUCUCCAAAGGGAGCCGGGGGAGAGAGCUCGUCUUUAGAUGAAGACAGCAGUGAUGCUCUGUCGCCAGACCAGCUCACCAAUCACGACUCUCCCCUGAGUGCCGUCUCUCAGCUGUCCCCCUCUGAUGCACUCACCCAGAAUGGGGACAUUUCUCCCACACAGUUCUUCACUCAGCCCUCUCCUCCGCCUCCGCCUCCACCUCCACCGCCACCUCCUCUUCAGGUGAAUAGGCCUGACUCCUCCCCGCCCCCAAAAUUGACAAAUGGAACAACUUUGAUCUCUGCCAGUUCCCGAUCUUCUACUGGACAGGUCAAGCAGUCUCAUGCCAAGACGGGUUCAGAUCGUCAUCCACAAAGAUCCAAGAAAUCAAAGGACAGCAAACCCAAGAUGAAGAAGCUCAAGUACCACCAGUACAUCCCUCCAGACCAGAAGGCCGAUAAGGAGCGUCCGCCGCAGAUGGACUCGUCCUACGCCAAGCUGCUGCAUCAACAGCAGCUCUUCCUGCAGCUGCAGAUCCUCAGUCAGCAGCAGCAGCACUACAACUACCACACCAUCCUGCCCGCCCCUCCCAAGCCUCAAGCCGAGCAGCCUCCCACAACCGCCUCUAGACCUUCCCCCUCCCGCAGCGCUCCCUCGACGACCCCCUCCAAUCAGAACGCAACUCACCGUCAGAGCCAAACUGGAGUGGGAGGAGCCAAACCCGCCACUCUGCCAGCCAACCUGGAUGAGUUCAAAGUCGCCGAGUUGAAACAGGAACUGAAACUACGUGGUCUGACCGUCUCGGGCACAAAGAACGAUCUCAUCGAGAGGCUCCGCAACUACCAGGAGCAAAAUGGCGGCAACGCAGCUGUUUUGAAAAAUGGCAUGUUGCAGCCAAGCCAGCAGGGCUCUCACUCAACUAGAAUCACCAGCACAUCAUCUCCAUCCGCAACCGCCACCCCUGAUUUUCAUCCAGGAGAGGGCGGGUUCAAAUUAGAUCUAAGCUCGAUGGGUCAUGCGGUUCCUGGGAGAGUCAUGCGUUUUGGCAGCACCAGCUCCAGCCCUCCUGUUUCUCCUUCUCCGUCUGAGAGGUCGUUGGCAGGGAUGAGUCCAGAUGAGACAAGCUGUAAUGGAGACAUGUUUGGGGAGAUGGUGAGAUCUGUGAGCUCUCCCUUGACUCAACUCAACCUGCAAACAUCUCCUCAGCCCUCGUCAAAUAUCUCUCCACUUUCACAGUCUCUCUCCACGGUUAAAGAGGAGAUCCAGAGCCUAUGCAACCUUUCCAGGUCUUCAGCCAACUCGAACCAGCGUCCAGAGCCCCUGCCAGGCGCAGUUAUGGAAACAUCCUCUGUGGAUAAGGACCAGAUGCUUCAGGAGAAGGACAAACAGAUCGAGGAGUUGACCAAGAUGCUAAGGCAGAAACAGAGGCUAGUGGAGACCCUCAGGUCCCAGCUGGAGCAGGGCAAGGUAGUGGUGAAGAAGGAAGGAAGUGAAAAGAGCAAAAAAUCCCCAGAGGUUAAACUUCAAACUCUAAUAAAAGCCUCGGCCAUUCAACCCCCAACUCUCCCUAACGGCACUGUGGUGAAUGUAAAGAAGGAGGUGGAGUCGGAGGAAGAAAUGGACGGAGUAACAGAGGAGGCACAGGCAAAGAAGCUGGCCCAGCCAAUGCAGUGCUCUCAGGAGACUCUGCUCAGGCUGCAGCAGAUUCACCGGCUGCAGGUCCAACAAGCCGAGCAGCAGAAACAUCAGCUACAACAACCCAAACAGCCGCAGGGUCAGGCGCACCUGCAGAAGGUGGCAGAGUCCAAAUCGACCCUUCAAAAACAACACCAGCAAAAGAAAGAAGCUCAGAUCCUACUGCAGCAGCAGCAGCAGCUCCAGCAGCUCAUCAUCCAGCAGACCCAACAGAAGCAGCUCCUGGCCCAGCAGAAGUUAGCGCAGCAGAAGCUGGCACAGCCGAAGCCAGUGCCGCAGACCCAGCUCAAGCAACCGCAAGGGCAAGUUCAACAGAGCCAGCAGAAGAACCAAGUUCAGCUGAAGCAGGUUCAGGUGCAGAUCCAGAACCAGACGUCGGCGAACCAGAAGCCUGUAGCGAACCAAACCCCGCAGAGGAAACAGCUGAAGGCUCAUCUCAGGCAGCAGCAGAAACCACAGACGACAGCUGUCGCCACACAACAGGUGACUCCGGUUUUCAUAAACCAACAGAACGGCACUCAGAUCCAAACUCAGGCCAUUUCGUUAGACCUCCUCAAAGCCAACGGCACACCCACACUAGUCACCGACAGCAACGGCAACCACUACCUGAUUGCCCUCACCAGUCCCACCACAGACGGACAGAACGGAGUGUCCUCUCUGGCCAAGACCAACGGGCGCAUCACAUUGCAGAGAUUGCAGUCGACUCCAAGUAAACUCCCCAGCACGGACAGCCAAUCAAAAGAGCAGGCAGAGAGUGACCCUGUGAGCCGGCCAAUCAAAAAGAAGGCGGGGCUGCACCUGGACACCAAUGGUGUUCCACAGCCCAGCCUGUCGGCCACAGCUCCACCCAACCUGCAGCCUUUCUUCGACGACAUGUCCGAGAGCGAGAGCCAAAGCAGCCUAAUCUCCUCCCUCAAGGGAGAGGAGGUGUGUCCGCCUUACGACCGGCACACACUGUUCACCCCUCGCUCUCCCAAACCCAACAUCUCCCUUCCUACUCAACGCUCCAAACAGGAGAACGGUGUGAACAGUCAGCAGAUGGACGACCUGUUUGACAUCCUGCUCAAGAGCGGAGAAAUCCCCGGCUUCAAGGCCAACCCAGACCCUUCCCUCGCCCCUCUCCACUCUGACCCGCCCUCCCCUGCUUCCCCCCCAUCUCCCCUUCACCUCUCCCCUCCCACCCCUACGCCUUCCCCCCUCAUCUCCCCUCAGCCUUCGGGGGGAGAGCCCUGCACUGGCAGCGGGCGCCUGGAGGACUUCCUGGAGAGCACCACGGGCGCCCCUCUGCUGGGCGUGGAGCCCGACGGCGGCCUGACGCUGAUCGACGACCUCCACAGCCAAAUGCUGAGCACGCCCAGCAUCCUGGACCACCCUCCUUCCCCCAUGGACACAUCCGACCUGGGCUUCUCCCCCCACUCUGCAGUGUUGGACUUCGGCGACCCCACCUUGGACAGCAUGGACUGGCUGGAUAUCUCCAUGGUGGGCAGCACCAGCGGAGGGGGCAGAGGAGGAGAGGGCGGAGCUGGCGAAGGUGACGGGGGGACGAGUCUGGCCCCGCUGGCGCCGCACACUCCGCCAAGCGUCUUCUCUGCGGAUUUUCUGGACAGCACAGACCUGCAGCUGCACUGGGAGUCAUGUUUGUAGCUCCGCACACACACGGACACGCACUUUCCCACACUGUGUACAGGCUCUGUCUUUAUUUCAUGCACAUACACAAACUUCUCUACGCUGUCUCUACCACUGCAGGGGUCACUGGCACAUGCAAACACACACACACACACACACACACACUCACACACUGCCCUGUCUCUCACUGGCUGUUACUGUAUGCAGGAUGAGGUAAAAUAAGAAAGAAGCCUCGAAAUCUAAUUCUUACAAAGGUUUCGAAUUUGGUGGGCCUGAAGUGGACUGUUGGAAUUUUAAUGACUAGAUACAUCAAACUGUAAAAUCCCAUCUCAUCUGUCCUGACCUGCCUGUUAACCAGGUUAAAGGGGCUUUGUGCAAGUUUUGUUAUUGCAACAUAGCUAACAUUAGUAUUGGCAGCGAUCACUCUCAGAUUCGCCAAGAGCUUCAGCCACUCUGCAUCAACGAGACAAGAAGUCACAAGAAGCUGGUUAGCAUGCUAACUGAAGUAAGAAGAGAAGUGGUGAUGGAAACAGAAGCGACACGAGUGAACAUCAGCGCUGCUUUCCACUGAGGGAGAUAGCCGUCUGCAGUAAAGGAAUGGAGUUUGAUGCUGAACUCGUGAGGUUUCUCUCAGACUUGUGUUACAGCUGUCAAUGCUAAUAUUUGCUGUGUAUCGUAACUCUACGAUCGGCUCCUUCAAGGGGAACCAGCAGAAAACUGUAGGUCACUGUCGGUGGCGUUUACUUUUUGGCCCCUUGAGGUGGCAGAGUGUGUGUCAGUGCCUCCUUAACUUUGCACUUAUGCUGAAUCUGAUUGGUUCAAUCAGUGUGUUGCUGUUUGGGUCUGUAGCCGGACCGUAGCGCUGUGCAGCGAGGCUGAGUGAACACCGCGUAUCACAUCCAUCAGCUGAGCCGAUGACGGUGUGAAGAGAAAGGCAGCAGGUGGUGGUAACCUGGUAACCUGAACCCCGCCCACACUAGUCAAAAAAACAAAAGAACAACGACCGUCAUUGGUUGACAGUUGCUAUUGAGAUGAACCAUAUCAUUGGCAACGGUUUGAAUUGAAGCCUCAUUGGAGGUAGCGUAUUAUUGGUAACAUUAUGGUAGACCACUAUGUAUUGCUGUAUAUGGGGUGUAUAUUAUCAAUUGUUUAUAUGACUAUUUUUCUUUGCUGGUUGCUUUAGAGUCGAGCUGGCUGGCUGGGGAACAUGGGGUGAGGGCGAGGUUUCCAAAACACUUGGACCUUGGUCAUUUUUUUAAAGAAAAAAAAGUUUAAAAAAAAAACUGAAAUAAACGUACUAUAAAAAGUCCAA